GUUAAUUAUGGCGUCCUCCGUUUUAAGUCCGUUCGUUCACUGGGCGCAAACAGAAACUGGAAUAUCUUUACGAGUUGAAUUACGUAAUGUGAAGACACCAGAAGUGGAUGUUACUGAAAAUCAGCUGGAGUUUACUGCUAGUGGAAUUGGUGCUAAAGGAGAAAAUGUAUAUCACUUUGUACUGGAUUUCUAUAAAACUGUUUUGACUGAGUCUGCUCAAUACCGUAUCACAGAUAGGGAGGUGGAGUUUUCUAUCAAAAAAGAAACUGCUGCCUGGUGGCCUAGAAUUGUUGCUGGUGAAAAGAAGCCUGCAUGGCUAAAAGUUGAUUUUGAUAAAUUGAUCACUGAAGACGAUGAAGAUGAGGAAGACAAAGAAGAAAACUUUGCUAAUUCUUUAAGUGAUGUUCUGAAGGAGCUAGAAGACCAUAAGAAAAAUAGAAAGAAGGUGGAAGAUUUUCGUAAGAUUUAUCUUCUCCUCUACAAUACGUUUCAGUUUGUGAGCUUUCUGUGUAUUUUGAUUUUGAUGACUAUCCGUUAUACUAAAGAAGGACCAUUUUCUAUGGAUGGUACUUAUGAAGCUGUAGGUAAAACUAUGAAGUUUUGCCAGAUUUUGCAGCUCAUGGAAGUUGUUCAUCCACUUCUACGUUUCACCAAAGGAAGUAUUUUGAUGCCCCUCAUACAGAUUACUGGUAGACUCAUCAUAUUGUUUGUUAUGAUUGAUGCUGAACCAAGGAUGCAGACUAAACCAGUGGUGUUCUACCUAUUCUUAGUUUAUUCAUUGAUUGAAGUUGUAAGGUACCCAUACUAUAUGUUGAAAAUCUAUGAUAUCAACAUUAGUUUUAUAACAUGGCUGAGAUAUACUAUAUGGAUACCUUUGUACCCUCUAGGGUUUGUAUGUGAAGGUGUCAUCAUUCUCCGAAAUAUUCCUUAUUUUGAGGAAACUGGAAAGUUUAGUGUGAAUUUGCCAAACCCAUGGAAUGUUUCCUUUUCUUUCCCAACAGUGAUGAGAGUCUAUCUUCUUAUAGGGUUUUUUCCAAUGUUGUUUUACAUGAUGACUCAUAUGUACCGACAAAGAGUAAAGAUCAUUGGACCCAAAAGUUGGAAGACGAAGAAAGAGUAACAGUGUCGAGGUGCUCACAUAAGAUUUUGAGUUGAACAAGAAGAAUAUGCAUAUGUAAUCAUUUUAUAUCAGCUGUUCUCAGUAAUGUCUAUUUCAUUUAAUCACAAGCCAGCUUUGAUAUUGUAAACAUGAUUUUGAAAUUCUGCUUGUGACUAAUUCGGGGCGGUAUUGAAUAUUUGGAAAAAAACUUCUUGUCCAAUAGAGAAAAUUCCAGUGAAAUCUACUUGUCAUUCUUAAGGAUACUUGCUCCCUUCCUGGUCUACAAAAUAUGUAGAACAUAACUUUUAGUAUUUUAUUUUUACUUAACAGUGAACAAUGAAAAAAUAGAUCUGUUAAUUUACAUAUUAAGUAAGCAAGAUAAAAUGCACUUAUUACCCCAUUAUGUGCAUAGUAUCUACAUUAAAUGCCUUGUUUUGAAUACAUGGGAUAAAUGUACCAUAUACAUAUGCAAGGUGAUGUUUGAAAGUUAGUCAUAUGACAAUACGUACAUAUUUUCAUUUUAAAGUGUCUGAUUCAUAAGAUGCAAAACACUGAAAGAUGGAUUUUUUUUAUAUUCUCUGUCUGUUACCAGCUGUUAGAUUUUGUUACCGUGCAAAAUAAAUAAACAUGAUGUAUGUGAGUAUUAAUGAUCGUAUGUGAAUUACACACACACACACAUACAUGCAUGUAUGAAGAGCUUAGGUGCAAAAUGCUGUAUAUCCUAUAUUGCUGUUUGGGGAAAAUAAUUUCUUUUCUACAGCUUUCAUAAAGUAUACCAUGAAAUCAAGAAUUAGAUAUUUAUUAAAUAAAGCCAUAACUAUUAGAAAUGUUACAAAAUCUAUUUAUUUCUGGAUAAAACUCAUUAUCUAUAAAAUGCCAGGUGCAUCAAGUCAAGGCUUGGCACUACAUGGUGAUUAGGGAGUCGAGUCAAUCAACAAAGACAAAGUUUUUUCUAUAAUUUUAUUUAAUUCAAAGGUGUAAUUUCUUUCCUUGGGCAGGAUGCUACCAUCCAGAUGCAAUGGGGUUAUGUACUUACAGUGAUGUAAGUAUGCCCCUGCAAUUGUGAGGAGGCCUUAGCCCAGAAGGGCCUGACAAACUUAAGAAAUACUGAUAAGGGGUAUAGAUUUAAUGGGCCAAUUAUUUUUUAUGGGGGGGGCAUCUUUUAUAGUUGCACCACUGUAUCUGUGAGUCUUUUUAGUCAAAAUAUUGCAUAUACAUCAAUAUAAAGCCAUUGGCAGCUUAAUUUUGUUGAGAAUAGAAAAUACCUUGUCUUUCAUAUAAGUUCUUCAUAUGUAUUCUUUAUGGUUUCUAGUCUUUAGUAUUUUAGCAUGUAGAUUACCCCACCCACAAGCUGAUGAAGAAGUCCUGGUUUAUAUUAAUGCUGGUGUAUAAAACAGUUCAAAGCUUUUUGUAAUUUCCGUGAUGUUAUAUAUUCUUCCUAGAACUGGCAGUGAAACUUUACUGGGCUCCUGCUGUAGACAAGAACAGUGUAAUAAUAUUGUUGCAUUGAUAUAAAUAUGUUUGUUACUAUGUGUGUGACUGAGGGUUAGUGAAGUAAAGGGAUGUGUAUAUUUGUUUAUGUAGUUUUGAUUUGAAGGUACUCAUUUUCAAUUGUUCCUCUAUACGUGCUAGACUUGUGCAGUUCAGAAUUUUCAGGAACUUGCACAGUGCCCUCAAGUGUUUUGCUAACAAUAGAAUGAACAGUGUGAAAAUAAAACUUGCUUGUUUUGUUUAACAAUACAGGGUAAUGGUAAAUCUCGGGCAUUAUUAAUUUCACACCCCUGCCAAAUUGGUUAGCCGGGUAACUUGCAAAUCUAAAGAAUCCUAGUGAGAAGCACACUUCUUUUACUGUUUUCAUAGUCAGUCUGUGUGACUGUUAGACUGUUUAUAGAAACUGUCCAAGUAAUGUAACAAAUGCUGUAUUUUAAAAAGUUAUUAAGUUAUUAUCUUAUACACUAGUUUUUGAAUACCUUGUUUGAAAUGCACAUUCUUUCGUACAAUGAGUUUAGCAGAAAUUUCCAUAUACAAGGUGAACCUUUCUAGCAUAACUUUUUAUCACGUGUUUAUAAUACAAUAACAUAUUUGGACUGAUAAUGUACCCUAAAUAUUGGUAAGCUUCUCAAAGUCAAUUUAUGUGAUGUAAGUUACAAACACAAUAUAUACUUAUGACAAGUACAAAAAUAAAGAUUUAAAUAUUAUUAUGUACAAAGAAACUAAUCAGCAAUAUUGUUUAUUAUGUCAACCUUCUAAGUUGUAAGCAUGGUACGAGGGUUGUCAUUCCAGCUGUUGAUUGUCUGAAGGCCAAUAAGAUGAUGUGGUUUUUCCUUGGGUUAAUAGAUUUCCGUGUUUUGGCUUUGUAUAAACCCGUGGAGUAAGAAAUUAUUUUCCAAGACCAUAAAAAGUAUACCCCUAGCAUCAAGAUGUGCCGAUUAUAAAAACUGUGUGGUUGUAUACUGAUGUAAAAUAUGCUGAGACUACAAGUUACAUCAAGAUGUAAAGCAGCAUCUGGUUUCUGUAUUUUAUUAUGAAGCAGUCAUCAUGCCUCUCUUAAGAACAACAAAAUUUCUGGAAAGAAACCAAAAUGAUGGUUGUCAGAUGUUCAGAAUUAUUACUUAAAAACAUUUACAUAUCUGUUAAAAACAAGUUUUAAUAGGAAUGAUUAGUGAAAAUCAUGACUGUGAAAGUUGGAUUAAGUAUCCAUUUAGGGUGUAAAAAAACAAAAUACUUGAACUCUGUUUUGGCCACUCCUAAACUGUCAUAUGAACAACAAUAAAAAUCAAAUCUUAAGCUAUUGUUAAGAGUAACAGGUAUGCACUUUAAUAACAGAAAUUUCAGUAUUAUGAAUAAAUUUAGUUAGAUCAUAAUUCUGUACACCCAUAUAUAACUCUACAACAUUCAGAAGCUGAUUUGUAUAAAGACGUCAUCAUGUCAAUAACAUUAGUUAUAUUGUCUCAUUUUUCUUUUCAGGUAAAUUUUAGUGCUUUGAUACAAAUUUCCUAAGUAGUGAAAUAAUUAGUUUUUUAGAUAUAUUACAAUUAUCUUUUGUAGGAAAUUAAAUUUAUGUUUAUUCAUGUAGACAUAUAAUAAUGACCUGAAACUCCUUUAAAUAGCAACAAAAGAAAAACAGAAUAUUUAGACAUCAAAGAAAGCAGACAAGAAUGAUACCUAAGACCAACCAAUAUAAUUUGUUAAUGGAUAUGUAAGAAUUAAGGGUACAUCUGUAAUUUAAAACUUUUUUUAUGAUAGUACAAGCCUUUUUGUUGUUGUUUUCACCAAAAUCACAGUAAUUUUCCAUCUGAUAUUCACAAACUAUAAAAUUACCACCAAUAGAAUUCACAAACAUGAGCAAAGAAAAACUUUGGAAGUAAGUACAUACUGUAAAACUUUAAUUAUGAUGAAGAACAGUAACACUAAUUUAAAAAAAAAAUAUCUAAAACCUCUCUUCUUUUUUUUUUUCAGGUCAAAAUAUAAUUUAAAUUGGUUAGUUCAUUGCCUAUCAUAUAUUCUGUACACUUUUUCUCAACUUAGAGGGCUAGUUUCCCCAAAAGGGGGCCAAAGACCACCUGGAUGAGGUCACCUGUUUUAACCAUUUGCACAACUAUACAGUAGUGUGUUUGUUCUCUGUCAGUCGGUCAGUGGACACUAAAAUGACAUCACAUAAGGGAUGCUUAACAUUGCAAUUUGUACUGUUGUGACAUCAGUAAAACAUGCGCAUGCCAUGAAUCAUGAGAAGAAUUAUGCACUCUGUUGGCUACAACACAGCAUGAUAUAUGAAUUUCAAAAGCAAGAAAUAAAAAAUAUUUGUAACACUUAGGUUUGAUUUUAUUUACUCUUGAAAUAGAAAACUUUCAUGGACCCUGUGGAAAUAAUUUAGUAUUAUUUUAAUACUUAAAAUGCUGAUAAAUAUUCAAGUGCAUUCAAAAGCUAUUACACUUACGAACACAAAACAUAUAUUGAAAUGCUGUGUGCAGGUUAUUUCAGUAUUUUUUUCAUCACCACAAUUUAAUAUUAAAUUUAAUAUUCGUAGAGGUUGUGAAAAAUUGUAUGUAUAUUAAGUGUCAAAAAUUUCAAUUUUUAAGUUAAUUCAUUAUUUAUUAACAUACUGUAUAAUUUGGAGAAUCAACAAAGUAAACUAAUACUCAAGAAAAAUGUCCUGGAAUACUCCUUUAAGUAAGAUAAUAACAGUGUCUGAGUCUGCUUCAAUAUUUUUAAGGCAGGAGGGAUAACAUUCAUAAGAGAUGUAAUUGAAAUCUUUUUUCUUAAAGUAUCGGUAAGAAAUGUGAAAAUUAUAUACAUUUAAGCCUUUAAAUUUGUCAUUUUGUCUUGAAAUAACUGAAAUGGGCUACAACUGUGUUGAUGAAAAGCCCUGUCUGUUUCAGUAUUGUAGCUCAAGUGAAGAAUUGAUAUGAUUCUUUGGAUCAAUAGAUAGUAUGUCAACAAUACAGUGGUAUUUUAAUCUCCUGCAUACCUUAUUCUAAAUGUUAUUGAGAUGAUUUGGGAUUAUGUACUUGCAUGGGAUGUUUCACCCAAUUUAAUCCUGGUAUUGGUAAACUGAACCUCAGACUUUUGCAAAAGUUUCUUUGAACUAAUUUAAAUUUAAACUUUGUUGAUGUGUUUUUUCAUGGAACUGCAUAUUUUUUAUCAGGAGAAAGGGUAUUAAGAAUAAACUCACCGUGAGUGAUGUCGACUUUAAGAACAUAAGACCUACAAAGUAUAAAACUAAAACCAAACUGGUGUGCCAGAAAUUAUAGAAGACAGAAAUAGUUUAACAAAAAUUAAAAUGUGACAAAAAAUAAUAUAUGAACAUUUUAUAUUAAAGAGUAAUAAUAUGUUUGGAUAAAAACCAUUGUUUAAAUCAUAUGCCGUUAUAAUAAUUGUUCUUUUCUUUUAGUCAAAGUUGAAAAAAAGAACUUGGAAUUCUGAAAGUUUUUUUUAAUUUAUGCAGUUUUGAUUGGAAUGAUAAACUUUUUCAUGCAGUCAUUAAUUAAAUGUGUUGUUUGCAAUCUUCUUCACCAUAGCUGGUUGUACAUGAAAUUUUUUCCAUCUUUGAAAAUAUAAACAGUAACAUUGGUAUUUUUAUUAACCAGGAAGUUUAAGAAAGAACGGAACACUAGGCUUAGUUUCAUUAGCUUGGUGUUGGUGGUACUGUCAUGUGCUUGCAAUAAGUCUUAAAAAAAAAAAGUAAAUUUAUACACAAAUGCAUAAUUCAUACAUUUGUAAUUCUAACUUUCAGUAAAGUUUUUAUGCAGAGCAGUCAGUGUAUCCAACUGUUUUUUGUUGUUUUAUUUUAUCAAGACAUGAAAUUCUCACCUUUAUCUAUUUAUAUAUAUAUAUAUAUGUUCUUUUCUAUCUUGUUUCAUAAUGUAACCAUUCUUACAUUAACUUUGUUUUAAGGAAAGCUAACAAUUUCCUAAUUCAAAUUAUGAACAUCAAACUUGGAUACUGUUUUUAUCACAGUAUUUUAGGGCAUUUGACUAAAACAACAAAACUAUUGUUUGCCUAUGAAUUAAUUUCCCUGGAGUUUAUCAUAAAAUCUCUCCCACAAAGUCCUUAUGAAGAUAGUACUACAGUCUGUAGUUAACAGAUUCUGUGUUAAGUUUUUCUAAUUGAAAAGGUAAGAACCUUUUAGCUAAUAAAGCUUGAAUUGUACAUCAAACAGAUCUAUGCUCUCUUCAAGUAAAGUGUUUCCUGUUUUCAUUUAUCACAUAUCUAAGAAUGAUAAUGUGAAAUAAGAGGCAACAGUUUUUUGUUUGAAUAAGAAAAACUGGUAGCAGUAAUGAGUUUUCGCUAUCCUAUUAGUGAUAAGAUUUAGUCAGAGAAAACUUAUCAAGUUAUUGUUUAACAUGAUUUUGUAAGUAUAUUUUAUGAGUGUAAUAAAUUCAUAUACUUGAAACAUCAUUCCGUUAUAGUUUAUACUAUACAAAAUGAUGGUUAAUAAACAAACAACGGGAAUCUUAUUGUAGUGCAUUUUGUUUGAUUAUUUAAUUAAAGGAACCAAGUUUUUGUUGUUCAUUAUUUCAGUCUAAUUUUAUCAGUUCUCACACACUUACAAACAAACUCCUGUUAUUUCUUUUGUGUAGUUUGUUUGUAAUUAGGCACAAAACUACACAAUGGACUAUCUGUGAUCUGCCCACCACGGGUAUCGAAACCCGGAUUCUAACGUUGUAAGUCUGCAGACAUACCGCUGUGACACUGGGGGGCCUUUAGUGUAGUAUACACUGUAUUCAUGGGAAUCUCGUGAGAAAAUACCAACCUCUUCUUUUUUUUCCAGUAAACUAGCAGCCUACCCUAUUUUCCCGAAUAUAAUGCGCACCCAACUUUGAAAGAUUAAAUUGAAGAAAUAUUUUUUUACGCAUCAAUUGUACAAAAUGUAUUGAAUAGUUUCUAAGUACAGUAAACAACUA